AUGAACCGCCGGCGAUGUUUGCGCGCCUAUCUUCAGUCGCUGGAAGCCCGGGUACAAGAACAAAAUCUUCAAGAACAGAGUCUUCAGCCACAGCAGCCGGCCGUGACACCGCCGCGGUCAACCAUUCCGUCGGAACAACUCAGCGGUGUCGACCCGGCGAUUCUGAGCCCAACAGAGCGCUCAUCACACACCCAGGGCCAUUCAGAUACGGCUGGGAGCAGCACUCAGGUCCCCUGCCAAGUUGACCCUGCAUUGGACUCCCCCGAGUUCAAUCGCAACCCGCUUGUCGACAACGGAGAAGUAUUUGCCCGUGAUCCUCACGGCAAAUUCUGGUAUAUGGGACCAACGUCGUCUUGGGCCUUUUGCAGGCGUGUCCUCGCCAUCAUCGGGAGCUGCAUGCCCAAGCCGGAACCUCCAGUUUACCCCUGGGACCUCGAGACCAUCAAUCUGACCUGGAGUCCUGUCGGGUUGUAUGAUCAGCCAGACGUUUCGGGGCUUCCAUCAUGCGAGUAUGCGCUCUAUCUAUUGUCCACGGUUCAGUACCAUCUCGGAUCGCUCUACGAAAUCAUCGACCAUGAGUCCUUCCGUGAGCAGGUCGAGCGCUUCUACCAAGAUCCUGCAGGAGAGGCUUAUCGGUCGAGGUUCUGGUAUUCACAGUUUUUGCUAGUGCUGGCAUUUGGUGAAGCCUUUUUAAACACUGGCUCAAACAAGGGCGUUCCGGGCAUCAAAUAUGCUUCACGAGGGUUAUCGUUGAUACCAAGUCUCAUUCCGCUAGACAAGGACAAGGAAUCGUUGGCGGUGGUACAAGCUCAUUGUCUAGCGGCUUUGUACCUCCAAGCGGUUGACUUGCGACUGAUGGCAUUUCAGGUUAUUGGGCAAGGAUUGCGUCUCGCAAUCAUUGAAGGAUGGCAUAGACACAUGCCACCAGAAGAUGUUGGCGAGCAGCACUCGAAACGCUGCAACACGAUUUUUUGGAUCUCGUACAUCAUUGAUCGAGAAUACGGCCCUUUGGUCGGAGCCCCGAGUUCCAUCAGAGAUGAAGACAUCACGACAAAGCUGCCCUCCGAUAUCGACGGUUCUCUAAGGGCCGAUGCCCUCACGCUGCAGAUUCGCAUGUCUCGUCUAACAGCAACAAUAAUGAACGGCGUUUAUGGAGUUGACAGAAACUUUGACGGGACUCUACUCAAUGAUACGCAAUCGGUGCUACACAGCCUUGCAGACGUCUCGAGAGACAUCACCGCGUUUCUCGAGACGAGGCUUCAGAAAACAAACAUUCGCUCUUCAAAGAUCGCCACAAGGUUGAUUCUUUCGUAUCAUCACUGUGUUGUUUUAACAACUCGACCUUUGGUCAUUUCGUUGCUGCAGUCGUGUGUUCAUUCAGCCUUGAACAUUCUAAAGACGUUGCGAGCACUCGGAGAUGAGAAUCUUCUAGACUCCUUUCUGCCGUUUCAAAUGGAGACGGUCUUCUCAUCAGCCUUUCUCCUCUACGUUAUCGACGCAGUAUCACCAGGUUUCGUGCCAGACCAAUCCUGGCUUGCCACUGCACACGGAAUAUUCGACACAAUGAUUGCAAAAGGCAGUCCAGCAACACCACUUCGAAAACGAGAGCUACAACGCUUGGAGCAGAUCAUGACAUCGUACCUUGACUCCGGAUCCAAGACGAACCCUUCACCGUUGCAAUUCCAGGAAGAGCCCAUACUGAGGCGGGGAAUGGAUAUACCUGAUCAAACAGCAACGGCAGACGUUGCGUAUGUGGAUGAGACUUCCCCUUGGGGACUGCUGGGCUCUCAUGGAGGGUAUAUAUUGUCGCCCGAGGAGAUUAUGCAGUUGGCUGAGGGACUCAACAUGGAGGAUUUCAUGAUUACACCCGAGGGUGGUGUGGCUCUGGGGGAGCAUGGCCAGGUCGAGACAAAUAGUGAUACUGGAUCGUGA